AUGUUCACCGGAUCGGGUCCGAGCCGGACCAACAUGUUUCAAAAUAUUUCGGGUCCAGCACCUUGUAACCGGGUCGGGUUAGCAAGAAAAAAAAGGGUUUUUGUUGUUGUUUGGGGGGAGCGUCAUAGUGAUACACUGAUACUGCACCAAUGUGAAGAGAAGUGGAGAUUAUUGAAACAUAAAAUGGAGGAAACAAAGAAGCACACAUGCUUGAAGCUCUUGAUUCCAGUUAACAGCACAGAAGGAGAACCUAUCUUUGUCAAAGGAACUUGGUUCCCCACCCGCUUCGACCUUGCCAUCACCGAUGGCUUCAACGCCUGGUUCUGCAACGCUUCGGAGGAGGAGGUGAACCAGCGUGCUUCUCAGUGGGACCAACCAGUUUCGGAGUAUGUGGAGUUGGCUGAACGAUACUUAGGGUUUCAGCAACCUGGUUCCGUUUAUGACUUUGCUGAUGCUGGUGAUGGCCAUAAAAGGUUGUCAUGGACAUUUGAGAAGGAAGGUAUGACUCUUCAAUGGAGAUGGAAAUGCAAGCAGUCUCCUAACUGUAAAAAAACUACUGCAGAAAUCUUGGACUUUCUCAUGGAUGCAAAUAUAACACUUAGUGAGGAAGUUAUUCGGAAAAAUGAAUUGUAUGAGAACAUGAAAGUGGAAGCUGAAAAAUGUUUAGCCCAAAGUGAGAGAGUCGCCAAUGAGAAGGCUGAAUUUGAAGCGCAAAUCUAUACGAAGUUUCUGGGGGUCUUAAAUUCCAAGAAAUCAAAAUUGAGAGAUCUUCGAGAUCAGUUGUCAAAACAAGACACUGCUAAGAGAUCUCCUCAAGUGGAAGAAGACACAGACAAAACCGAAAGUUUUGAUGAAGAGAGCUUCGACAAUAGCGAUGAAGAUCCACAGCAGGAUGUUACUGCCUCCUCAAAGGAUGUUUCAAAAAAUAAGCCUUCUCGUCGAAAGAGAACUAGACUCACAUGAAUUAAUAUUAUCUGCAAAAUCGAGAGUUUAUGUAUGCAGAAGUCCUUGCUAAAUGCUUCAAGAGACUUGAUUUUUUCCUGUAAAAAAUUACAAGUUAUUCUAAAAUAGUUUAAGGGCUUACUUAUUCUAUAUUCUAAAAACUGUUUGAAGAGAGACGGAAAGAAAAGGUUUGAGGAGGAAAUUCGGUACCCAAAACCUUAACUCAAAAAUACGCCCUAUGCAACAUUAUCCUUUGUCUAAUAGCAUGAUGCAUGUUACUUAAGGAAGCUUUUGGUUAGUGGAUGUGUCUACUCACGACAUAGACAUGGUGGUAUAACUCUAUUGUUUGGUUAGUUAAGACAAGAAAUAAGACACGAGUGGAUUUGUGUACCACUUUAGAGUUGAGACAGAGACAUAAGAUGCGAGGCACAAAUUAUUCACUUUUACUCCUGUUAUUUUUCAAAAUUUCAAGUUUGUCUUCUCCCACAGUCCUCUUCCCACUUUCUCUUCUCCCUUUGCACUCUUUUUUCCCUCCCUCCUUUCUCCUCUCUCUUUUUCGCCCUCUUCCCACGAUGAAGGAAGCUCUCAGAUCUGGUUUGUUGUCUCUACCGCUGGUCUCAGUCGCGCCACCAUUGUUGCUGAUCUGGCAAUGCAACUGUGGGUGUUGGGUCUUGUUGCUAUCGUUUCUUACUCCGACUAUCACCUCUAGCUUCUCCUCAACUUCUUCUAGCUCAUGAUUGUGACUAAUUUGCUUUGCCUUUGCCUCCACCUCUGUCACUUUUCGGCUAUGUCGUUUUUCUCCUCUGUCGCCUUCAACUUCUCCUUUCUCCGAUCUGUGCUAUGUUGUUGAGAUUUGCUCCCCCCAUCUUGAUUUCUCAAUGUUGAUUACCCCCUUUAUGUUCUCUUUUUUUUUCUUGUUGAAAAAUAAAUGGUGAUUGAUUUCUGAUCAACUGUAGAUGAUGAUGAAUUUAUGGUGGUGGAUGGUAGUGGUGGAUAUAUA